AUGUCAGAUACGGAGAUGCCUUUGACUGGAGAUUCAGGCGAGCUUGAGGAAGUCCAGUUCGACAUCCCUGAGGACGCGUAUGGAGCCAGCAUUCUUGCUGUCGUUCGUGACUUCUCAGUCAUUAGUGGAGGCAAAGACUGGAAAGAUGAAACCGUUCAGCUCAAGUGCAUACAGGUAGGGUUUUCCUUCCUCCUGCUGACCAUCAACCUCACCUUGCAGCUAUCGCUGCUCUUCUUCAUUUACACAUUUGUGGUCACUCCGGCUAUCCACAGAGUCCAGCACAAGUACCAAGAGUUUCACGAAGUCAUUUUUGACAUCGAUGGCAACUUUCAAGAAGACGCGUGGGAUGCAUACAAAGGCAAAGAAGAGCUGUGUCAGAUUGGGAUGUCAAGCCCUUUCUUCUAUUUCACGGUCGUUUUCUUGUGGGUGUUGCUGAUCAUCCGAGAGUUUCGGACCACUGAGAGACUGGCUCGGGAUCUCGCCAGCAUGCCAACGUGCAGCACGAGUCCCGAGAUGUGUACGGAAGAAGAGGGCGAGGUGAAGGUUGUGGCAUUGACUUCUUGCUCAAAGAUGUUGAUCUUUUUUGGGGUCAUCAUUCCAAAGAUGGUGAUUUGUAGCACAUUGAUGUGGCUGGGUUGUCAAUGGCUCACCGCCACAAACUCCUUCACAGAUCUGGUGAUGAAUAGCAUCGCAAUGGAGUUUGUGACGGGGAUUGACGAAGCCUUGUACGAAACCCUGCUACCAGUGGGUCAUAGGCAACAAGUGGCUGAUAUCAAUUUCGUCCUCUACAAGAAGAAACAACCGGGAUCUAACAGGGCCAAGGAAUUUGCUGCCUUCAAGCGAUCCUUCUUUUACUUGUGCCUCUCAUUGGCCUUCGUUUGGCUCUAUAAGAUGUGUGGGCAAACUGUUUUGCCUCCACACCUCUCUGAUCUGAAGUUGGCGUGUCGAGCGCUCAUCGAGGAGAAUUCAAAAAACGUUUGCUCAGCACCGAUCUGGACGGGGGCUAUGGGCCUGGAGGAUUGCUUCCCAUACGGUACAUCCUAA